GCGCGUCCCUUGUCUACAUAUUGUUGGUGCUACCAGGUCUACUACCAUGGAGUGGAGGCGGAGGUGCUGCAUGGUUCCUCUCCUUGUGUCAUCUACUUGGUGCUCUGGCGCCGUGGUGCGGUUCUUUUCUGUACCAUCUUUUCAUGAACCAUACAAGUGGUGCUGGUUUAUACCAUCGGCUACUGCAGUUGGAUAUGCUGGGAAUUUGGGUCAGCCAAAGCAUAGGCGCGAUCCCGAUGGUGACAGCGACGGUGUACUGCGCACCAGCGCCGCUGCGCUAUACCGCGCUCGGAAUUUAUUGUCUCGGUAGCCUGCUUGGCCUCUACAAAGCGAUGCGCGCGUGGUCUCCAUGGGAACGUCGCCUGUGCUUCGCAGCUCCGUUUUGCAUGAGGCUGGUUCUGGCUGGUGCGCGCGCGGCACAUCUCGGUGGAGGAGACCCUCACGCCAUUCUUCACGUAUUCUUACAAGAUGCGGUGUCGCUAGGGGGUGGUAUUAUCGGCGCAAUGCAUAUACCGGAGAAGUGGUUUCCAGGCGCCGUGGACCGCUGCCUUAACUCGCAUAACAUAAUGCACGUGCUCGUCGUGUUGGCCGUGUACUCCAUGCACCAGGUGACAACCUUGGACUUGGCAUGGAUGUCUCAAGUGGACUGUUGCACCCCACUGAGUCAACUCUGA